UAAACAUGAGGCAUAAAUUCAAAGUCAAGCAAUUCGGCAGGAGGAAGAAGCAUAGAGAUGCCAUGUUUAGAAAUUUGGUUCAGGAGUUAGUCCUUCACGAAAGAAUUUACACUACAUACACAAAAGCUAUGUAUAUGAGACCCCUGGCAGAAUUUGUAAUCAACAAGGCUAAAGGAGACACAAGAAAAGCCCACCAUCAUUUGGGUAAAAUUUUCUAUAAGAGAGAUGCAAAACUUAAGGCCAUGAGAGAGCUCGCCCCAAGAUUUAAGGACCAAAAUGGAGGUUAUGUGAGAGUGGUAAAAUCCCAUAUUCGUAGAGGAGACAAGGCUCAAAUGGCUUAUAUUGAAUAUAUUGGAAAUUCAAUUGAGAUAUUUGAAGAGGAAAAUAGAAUUAGAGAACAAGAAACUAAAAAUCUUCCCUCAUUCUGGGAAUGGGAAAUGAAAAUUCUUGAGCAAGAAAGAGAGUUUUAUGAGAAUGAAAUCAUGAGACUGACUGGGCAAACCACAGAAGCUCCUCAAAUUGAGGAUACCCAAGAAGAAGUUGAUGACCAGGUAGACCACCCUAAAGAAGAAACAAAAGAUGAUGAAACACAGACAACUCAGAAAGAAAGUGUAAAAGCAGAAGACUUAUACACACAAAAUCUUGUUAAGAAUGCUUCAUCUCCUAUUGUAGAUAUGUCCGGAUCUACAUUAUCUCAGCUUUCAGUAUCUGUUGCUAACCAGAUUAAGCAUCUUGAAAAGAAUAUUAACAGAGUUGAGAUGGAUAUUGAACUACAUAUAAAAGAAAAGGAUAAUAAAAAUUACGGAAGACACUUUGAACCAUUCUAAUUAGGCUGAAGGAACUAUUGUGCUUAAAAAUGUUAUGCCAGCCAU